GCGGGGUGAAGAACGGAUUUCACAGUCGGCAGUUUUGAAGCUUCAACUAUAAUUGAACUCGAUGUCGCUGUCAAUUUUAUAUCGAAGUUCUCUAUAUUUCAAUUGAGGUGUGCACAAUUGAACAACAAUCUUUUUACUAGUAGUGUCGCGAAAGACCCCAGAAGCUACUCUUACCAUUUUUCCCGGUGUUCAAAUCUUGCAUCGGACCCUGCAGCACAUCUUUCCGGCAAAAGAACCGGUGAUUGAUCGUCGUUCUAGUACACAAUGACCGUUGUCGACUUUCUUCUCACGCCGUAUACGAUUCCAAUCGCAUUGGUGCUCUUCUUUGCUGUUCCGUACUUCACAUCCAACACAGCUAUUAGAGAUGUCCCAGGGCCUUUCGCAGCGAAAUUCACAAGAUUGUGGCUACUGCUACAAGCUCGAUUGGGAUACCGAUAUCUGAGUGUUCAUGAUGCUCAUGCCAAAUAUGGCAAGAUGGUGAGGAUUCAACCGGAUCAUGUCAGUAUCGCAGAUGAUGCUGCUAUCCAGCAAGUUUAUGGUCAUGGCAAUGGGUUCUUGAAGUCAGAUUACUAUGAUGCUUUUGUCUCUAUCCAGAGAGGUCUAUUCAAUACUCGAGAUCGUGUCGAACAUACGAGAAAGCGCAAGACUAUUUCGCAUACUUUUUCGACAAAGAGCAUUGGCCAGUUCGAACAAUACAUGCAUGGAAACUUGGAUUUGUUUGUGAAUCGAUGGGAUACAUUGUCAGAUAAUGCUCAUGGCCAAUUCGCAAAGAUUGAUUGUCUUCACUGGUUCAACUAUCUUGCCUUUGAUAUUAUUGGCGACCUUGCAUUUGGAGCUCCAUUCGGCAUGCUUGAAAAGGGAAAGGAUAUCACGGAAAUUAGAAAAACACCUGAUGCGCCAAUCACUUAUGCCCCUGCUGUCGAGGUUCUGAAUCGUCGAGGUGAAGUUUCCGGUACACUUGGUUGUCUACCACAACUCAAGCCAUAUGCCAAAUACCUCCCAGACCCUUUCUUUAGCCAAGGUCUUGCUGCGGUAGAAAACUUAGCUGGCAUUGCUGUUGCUCGUGUGGGCCAACGUCUUGAUCGUGAGAAAGAAGAUGGCCGCGUUGACUUACUCGCAAGACUCAUGGAAGGAAAAGACGAGACAGGUGCCAAACUUGGCCGCGCAGAAUUGACCGCAGAGGCUCUCACUCAACUCAUCGCUGGCUCAGAUACCACAUCCAACACAUCUUGUGCAAUUCUCUACUGGAUUUGCAAAACUCCAGGUGUCCUUCAAAAGCUUCAAAAUGAGUUAGACGAUGCUAUUCCUGCAGGCGUCGAUGUCCCUACUUUCGACAUGGUAAAGAAUUUGAAAUACAUGAAUAAUGUCAUUCAAGAAACCCUCCGUAUCCACUCUACCUCUUCCCUUGGCCUUCCGCGUAUUGUCCCCCCUGGAGGAGCAGAAGUAUGCGGAAAAUUCUUCCCCGGCUACACUGUUCUUUCCGUACCAGCUUAUACUAUUCAUCACUCUAAAGAAAUCUGGGGAAGUGACGCAGAUGAAUUUGUACCAGACAGAUGGUACAACUUGACGGAGAGACAAAAGAAUGCUUUCAUUCCAUUCAGUUAUGGACCAAGAAGUUGUGUCGGAAGAAAUGUGGCAGAAAUGGAAUUAGCACUUAUUGUUGCGACGACAUUCAGAAGAUAUGAAUUUGAUUUGUACCAGGAUGUAUUGGAGACGAGUGAGGGAUUUUUGAGAAAGCCGCUCGAGUGCAUGGUGGGGAUUAAGAAGAGGGCAAAUAUUUGAUGAGAUGUGUGGCACGAGGGGUUCGUGUAUGUUUAGCUUUUUUGUCUUGCAUUUGGAUAAGAUAGAGUAUCAUUUGGUGUAUAUUAUUGGGAUAUUGUAUUCAUUCACGAACAUUGAAGAGAUCUUGGUGGAAGUCAUUUGCUUACAUGCGUGCAAUUGUUUUGUCCAUAAACACCCAAAUCACAUCAAAAUUAUUUAUAUAAACACAAAUAUUCCAUCCA